CAAAGAGUGAGCGCAUGAGCGUUUAUUAAUUUGGUUAUUUAUUCUUAUUUAUUUGAAAAUAUUAGGAUAAAUUGAUCAACAUGAACUCAAUGAAAAGAAAAACUAGAGCCCGUAAAAGUCUUUAUUGUCCAAUGACAGGAACUAGUCACCACAGGGGAAGUGACGUUUUUGGCAGCUCACCAAUCAGAAGGCAAGCUGUGGAUACGCGAAAGCGAAGGAACCUUUGCGUUUUGAGUGUUAUUACUCGGUUGACAUCAGUUGAAUGAUGUAAUGUAAUGUCUUUAUUCUGACGGAAUAUGCUUUGCUUUAUUUACGUGAGUAUUAACUUAUGGGAUUGAUUAAAUUCUAUGGCGAUAAACUGUUGAGAGUUUCGUUUUCAUAUUAUAUACACGAUGGCGAGUUUAAAAAAUAACCUAAAGGAGCAACUGGAGCGACACAGCAAUGCUGCACACAACAAGCUGUCAUUGCUUAAACCAAAGCCUGGGGGGUUUUGUUUUAAAAAGAAGUCACCAUCUGGUAUCACCAAACAGGACAUUCAUCAAAAGGUAACUGGUGCAAAUGUCUUAACAAACAGGAGCGUCAAUGUUCCACACAACUUUGAAGUAACAAAAACUCCUGUGACAUUUCUGAAGAAGCCCGAGAAAGCAGCACCCAAAGUCAACUUCUUCACAGCUCCCAGCAUACGGAAAACAAUGACUGUUAACCCAUUAGCCAACCCGUUUGCUAUGAGCAAACCACCUCUUGUCCAGUCUACCCUUAAGGUUUUGCCGAAAUCUACCAUCUUGCCAGUGGACUCCACUAAAGACCAAACUGUGGGUGAACUCAAGACUGACACCUCUCUUUCCACUUCCAUUAAUGACUGGGACGACUUGGAUGAUUUUGAAACCCCGGUUAAGGAAAGAGUAGUAUCGCCUAGUGCUGGGACCUCUACUAAAAAGCUAGGUGUAUUGGCCCAGAACACGUCCCCAAAUUCCUCUUGUACUAAGAAAGUUGACACUAGUUUAAAUGGCAGUUCAGAGGCCACAACUGACCCAAAGGACGUCCUGCCAGCAGCUGAUAAAAUUAGCACAGAAGCUCCUGAGAGAGAGCCAGAAGACUCGCCCAUUAAAAAGACCAAAAAACGCAAGACUUCAGCCCAGCAAAAGUCAUUAAUGAGUGACACAGAGGAUGAAGAGAUUAUUGACUGUAUUCCACCUUCUGCAAAAGAGGAAGAGAAGACUGAAACAACAGAUCAGAUGGCUGCUGCUGCUGAAGAAGGAAAAUGGGCUGAUAGAGAUGACAUCAUAGACAUUGAUGACUGUGAGACAGAUUACUUAUAUGAUGACUAUGAUAAUUUCAUCCCACCGUCACCUGUUCCUGAGGAUCCGAGUCCAUCCUUCUCAAAUAAAGACAAAAGUUCAUCCCAUCCUGGUACUAGUGCUGACAUAAAGGAUUCACCACACGGACCUGCUCCACGCUUGUCAGCAUCCUUGGAUAGACCUGUCAAAGAAUCAAAAGGAACAGAUGAUGCUCUCUUCAGUAUUAUGGAAUCUAUUUGCCGUCUGGUGGACACCAUUCCAGAACAUGAACUUAUAGAUUUGACUUGUGGUUCAGAGUUAUUACUGCAGAGAGCCCACAGGAAAAAGAUUCUUGCUAAUGCUGCAUCAUCGAGAACAUCUCAAUCAGACAGACCACCGACUCCAUAUUGUAGUGUAAACAGGCAAAGUUUGGUUCUCACACCAUCUAGUCUGACAUCAUCGAUGACUUCACUGACAUCAGAAAAAGGACAAAAUGUCAGAACUGGCUUUCAGUUUCGUAAGUCCAUCGCCUCUGUCAUGUCUUUGGAUAAUAACAGUGUAUUUGAAGACUCUGACUGCAUUAUUAACGGAGUUGAAACACCUGGAGGUACCUGGAAGCCUGACAGCGCAAAAACAGAAGCUGCUGGGGACACCUUAAACAACAGGUCAACUCCCACUUUGAGGAAGUUUGAAUCAAAGUCGGAAAAAUGCUACUCGGGGUUGUCAUUCAAUGAAUCAAACGUUCAGAUUGUGGAUGAAGAAAAUGUCGACCUGUUCUUUUCUCCCAAAAAACCAACGGACCAUUACAAAUCUAAAACCAGCACGGCAAUAGCUAAUGGCACAAAUUCUCGAGCAGACACCGAGCCAGACGACUUCCCAAUCGAUGAUUUUGAUAUUGAUGACUUUGAUGAGACCGAUAUCCCAGAUUAUUUUGAGGAAUCUCAUAGUGUCCUGACAUCAAAGGGCAACUCUGGUGCUAUGAUGUCGUCAUCAGUCCGGGAAGGAGGGGCUUUAAAACCUUUGGAGAGAAAAAUAGUUCCCACACCAGCACCACAACCUACCAGAACUAAACAACCUGAACCCACAUAUAGAAACCCAGCUCAUGAUCGCUUCAGAGGUUUCAACUUCCCUCAUAGCCCAGAGAUGAUGAAGAUCUUUCAUAAGAAGUUUGGUCUUCAUCAGUUCAGAUUUAAUCAGCUGGAGGCCAUUAAUGCCACUUUGUUAGGAGAAGACACAUUUGUACUCAUGCCUACAGGUGGCGGUAAAAGUCUCUGCUAUCAGCUUCCUGCUUGUAUAUCUGCAGGAGUGACCAUAGUUAUAUCACCUCUAAAGUCUCUCAUAGUUGACCAGGUCCAGAAACUCACCACACUAGAUAUCUGUGCAACUAGUUUAUCAGGGGACAAAAGUGAUAGUGAGGCUGCAAGAAUCUAUAUGCAGCUGUCUAGAAAGGAUCCUACCAUCAAACUGCUUUAUGCCACUCCUGAGAAGAUAUCUGCAAGUGGAAGGAUGAUCAGUGCCCUUCAGAAUCUGUAUGAAAGAGGUCUGCUGGCUCGCUUUGUCAUUGAUGAGGCCCAUUGUGUCAGUCAGUGGGGUCAUGACUUCAGGCCAGACUACAAGCGUUUACAUGAGCUCAGGCGAAAGUUUCCCAAUGUUCCUAUAAUGGCCCUGACAGCCACUGCCACUCCUAGAGUUCAGAAGGACAUCCUUAACCAGCUGACAAUGACUCGUCCUCAGGUAUUCACUAUGAGCUUUAACAGGAACAACCUCAAAUACUCUGUUUUGCCCAAAAAGCCAAAGAAGGUAGAUGAGGACUGCAUUCAGUGGAUCAAGAAAAACUAUCCACGUGGCUCGGGAAUUGUGUACUGCUUGUCUCGAAAUGAUUGCGACACUCUGGCUGACAGUCUUCAGAGGGCCGGGAUUGCAGCGCUUGCUUAUCACGCUGGACUAAGCGACAGUGAUAGGGAAUAUGUCCAGAACAAAUGGAUCAACCAGGAUGGUUGUCAGGUUAUGUGUGCCACCAUUGCAUUCGGCAUGGGAAUUGACAAGCCAGAUGUGCGUUAUGUAAUUCAUGCCAGUCUGCCUAAAUCAGUGGAGGGUUACUACCAGGAGUCAGGCAGAGCUGGUCGAGAUGGAGAGAUGUCCCACUGCGUGCUCUUCUACUCAUACACUGAUGUUAUCCGGAUCAAAAGACUCAUUGCUAUGGAUAAAGAUGGCAACCAUCAAUCUAAAGCAACCCACAUCAGCAACCUGCACAGUAUGGUGCAUUUCUGUGAGAAUGUGGCCGAGUGCAGACGAAUCCAGCUGCUGGCGUACUUUGGCGAGCACACGUUUAAUACAAACUUCUGUAAAGAGCACCCUGAGGUCAUCUGCGACAAUUGUGCCAGACCAGACAAAUACAAAUCAAGAAAUGUCACAGAAGAUGUGAAGAAGAUUGUGAGGUUUGUGCAGGAGAACUGUGAGAAGGUUGGAAACCGAUACGGCAAAACCGCCCAGCAGAACCGACUCACCCUGAACAUGCUGGUUGACAUAUUUCUGGGCUCUAAAGCGGCUCGGAUCCAAUCCGGGAUGUUCCGGGUGGGAGCAGCGUAUACCAAACACAAUGCUGAGAGACUCUUUAAGAAACUGGUGCUUGAUAGCAUUCUGGUGGAAGACUUGUACAUCACCAAGAACGGCCAAGCAGUGGCCUAUAUAUCGGCAGGGCAAAAAGCCAUGAAUGUGCUGAGUGGCAGUAUGCAGGUUGAAUUCAUUGAGACAGAGAGUGCUUCCAGCAUCAGAAAGCACAAAGCUUCUGUGAUUGAGAGUGUCUCUAAGAGAGAAGAGAUGGUGAAGAAGUGUCUGGAGGAACUCAAUGAUCUGUGCAAGAGACUCGGCAAAGUCUUCGGCAUCCAUUACUACAACAUUUUCUCCACAGCCACGCUGAAAAAGAUUGCAGAGACGCUCUCAGCUGAUCCAGAGGUUCUUCUGCAGAUCGAUGGCGUGACUGAAGAUAAACUGGAGAAAUAUGGAGCUGAGUUUAUUGAACUGCUACAGAAAUACUCGGAGUGGCAGCUGCCUGCUGAGGAAAAGUCUGAGAGCUCUGGAUGGAUCGACACAACCCGAGGCCAUCAGAACGAUGAUGAAGAUGAUGAUGAUGAAGACGCAACGGGCGACAGCACAUCAUCGUACUUCAGAAAGUCCUCUGGACGAGGACAGAAAAGAAAGCAAGGGUCUUACUCCAGAAAACCUAAAAGGAGGAAAGCUACUAACCAGAAUUCCUCCUCUAAAGGUGGAUACGGCAAUAACUGGUCUUCAUCGCGAGGCGGAUACAGAGGUGGGAGUCGCAGUGCAGGCAGGGGCUCCAGCAGGCCACCUCCGUCGGCUCAAGCAGGAAAGAGGCCUGGUUUCAUGGCUUUGCCCACCCCACAAAGUGCUGCGCGCCCAUUCCUAAAACCAACAUUCUCUCAUUUAUAGUAAGCUAUAUGAAGUGUCACAAUAUUUUGAUUUUGUAAAUAUGUACUACUACUUGUACAUUUUAAACAGGUUUUUUUUUAAAUAAAUAUACUGUUGUAUGGUUUAUAUUUGUAA